UGAAUGCCGUCCUCCCACAUUACCUAGGUAGUGUUACUGGCCGGUUACGAAAGGGUUGCCACGGUUAAUGGGUGGACGAGGUGUCGGUCUUCUCCCCUCCAUUUCCCAUCGUGGUGGCCGGAACGCAGACCGGCAGGACCUCCAGCUUCACUCACUCCAUCUGUAGAGCCUCGAGCUUCUUUCUCCUCCUUCUCCCCACUCCGCUGCAGUGCCGUCGCAAUGACUGCCCGCCGCUCUCUCCUCCGUGCUGCUGCCCCCGCAUUGUCAGCCAGACGCACACCCCAGAUCACCCACGCAUUUCUGAGAAUGUCACCAUCAGAGCAGGUUGCUAAGAGACGGCUACAUGCGACCACGAAACACCUCGCCCAGGCAGCAGCUGUCGCCGACUACCCUACCAGUCACGCAAAGAUCGAACAGGUGGCCGACACGCACAACUUCAUUGACAACCAGUUCGUCCCUUCCAAUGCCACAACAUGGAUCGACCUCCACGAUCCUGCCACAAACAACCUCGUCACUCGAGUACCUCAGAGCACCGAUGAAGAACUCAAGGCCGCCGUUGCGUCGGCAGAGAAGGCCUUCAAGACAUGGAAGAACACAUCCAUCAUGAGCAGACAGCAAAUCAUCUUCAAAUUGACAUACCUGAUCAGACAGAACAUGGACCGACUAGCUGCCUCGAUCACACUCGAACAGGGCAAGACGUUUGCCGACGCAAAAGGUGAUGUCCUCCGUGGUCUUCAAGUCUGCGAGACAGCAUGCGGCAUCACCACCCAAUUGCCCGGCGAGGUCAUUGAAGUGGCUAAAGAUAUGGAAACCCGCUCAUACCGCGAGCCGUUGGGCAUCGUCGCCGCCAUCUGCCCAUUCAACUUCCCCGCCAUGAUUCCUCUCUGGAGUGUGCCCCUCGCCACCGUGACAGGCAACUGCUUGAUCUUGAAGCCCAGCGAGCGGGAUCCCGGCGCGUGCAUGAUCAUCGCCGAGCUUUGCAAAGAGGCCGGCUUCCCCGACGGCGUUGUCAACAUUAUUCACGGCUCCGCCCGCACCGUUGACUUCAUCAUCGACGACCCCGCCAUCAAGGGUAUUUCUUUCGUCGGCUCCAACAAGGCUGGCGAGUACAUCUACACCCGCGGCUCUGCCAACGGCAAGCGAGUCCAGGCCAACCUGGGCGCCAAGAACCACGCCGCCGUUCUGCCCGACUGCAACAAGAACCACGCACUCAACGCCAUCACCGGUGCCGCAUUCGGCGCAGCCGGCCAGCGUUGCAUGGCUCUCAGCACGCUUGUCAUGAUCGGUGAGACAAAGGACUGGGUUCCCGAGAUCGCCGAGCGCGCAAAGGCCCUCACCAUGAACGGCGGGUUCGAAGAGGGCGCUGAUUUGGGUCCAUUGAUCAGCCCACAGAGCAAAGAACGCGUUGAAGCUUUGAUCAAGAGCGCCGAAGACGAGGGCGCCACCAUCUUGCUCGACGGCCGUGGCCAGAAGCCCGAGAAAUAUCCUAAUGGAAACUGGAUCGGCCCUACCAUCAUCGCCAACGUCAAGCCACACAUGAAGUGCUACACGGAAGAAAUCUUUGGUCCUGUUUUGGUUUGUCUGAACGUCGAAACCACCGAGGAGGCCAUCGAGCUGAUCAACUCGAACCCCUACGGCAACGGUGCCGCCGUGUUUACCCGCUCCGGCGCCACCGCUGGCUUGUUCCAGAAGGAGCUCGAGGCCGGCCAGAUCGGUAUCAACGUCCCCAUCCCAGUGCCGUUGCCCAUGUUCAGCUUCACUGGAAACAAAAAGUCCGUCGCUGGAACCGGCAUGUCCAACUUCUACGGCAAGGACGGACUCAGAUUCUACACUCAAUGGAAGACUGUCACCAGCUUAUGGCGCGCUGAGGAUGCGCUGGCCACGGAGAAACAGGUCGCUAUGCCGACGCACUCAUGAGCUGGCCGAGCUGUGGUCUACUUUUUCGCUGAUGAACAAAAUCGCACGAUGUUAUAGCAACUGGCGGGAAAAUUGUCAAAUAGGCCUGGAACUACCUGUAGUUUUGACAGUAUUCAGUAAAGGAUUUAUAUGA